GGGCGCCGCGGCCGUUGUGUGUGAGGGGCCGGUCCCGGGGCCUCCGCUCGCAGCCUCCACCCGGCCAUGGGCGUGAGAAAGAAGUCGCUGCAGGUCCAGGAGGCCUUCCAGCUGGCCCAGAAGCCUCACCAGAACCACGCGAAGCUCGUGGUGGCUCUGAAGGGCACCUAUACUCAGAUGGAUGAUAAAGAAGACUUUCAUGAAAAAUUCAUUCAUUUCCUCAAGUAUGCUAUGAUAAUCUACAGACGGGAACCAGCAGUGGAGCAAGUGAUCAAUUUUGUGGCUAAAUUUGUUACUUCAUUCUAUCAGACCGAGAAAGAAGAUGAUAGUGAGGAAGGAGAAGAAGAUAAUUUACUUCUGAAUUAUGUGUUUAAAUUUCUGCUUGAGUCUCAUGAUGUGAACAGCCACGCAGUUAGAUUUCGAACAUGUCAGCUUGUUAGUAAGAUUUUGGGAAAUAUGCCAGAAAAUGCCCAGAUUGAUGAUGACCUAUUUGAUAAAAUUAAUGAAGCUAUGCUGAUUAGACUUAAAGAUAAAUUUUCAAAUGUGAGAAUUCAAGCUGUCUUGGCCCUGGCGAGACUUCAGGAUCCUAAGGAUGAAGACUGUCCUGUUGUUAAUAUUUACACCACAUUGCUUGAAAAUGAUUCAAACUCAGAAGUGAGACGUGCAGUGCUGUCAUGUAUUGCUCCCUCAGCAAGGACUUUGCCAGUGAUUGUAGGGCGCACUAUGGAUGUAAAGGAAGCUGUCAGGAAGCUGGCAUAUGAGGUUUUGGCAGAAAAAGUUCACAUGAGAGCUCUGUCAAUAGCACAGAGAGUAAAAUUGUUGCAACAAGGACUUAAUGACAGAUCUGAUGCUGUUAAGGAGGUAAUGAAGAAGCUACUUCAAGUCUGGUUACGAGUCACUGAAGGGGAUGUUUUAGAAUUGCUUCAUCGGCUGGAUGUAGAAAACUGCCCAGAAGUGGCCAUCCCAGUACUAAAUGCUCUGUUUUCAUUAUCUCCACUUCAUGAUGUUGUUCAGGAAUGUAAAUACCUUGACAGCAGAAAACUGAUUCCACUGGAAGACUUAACAGCUGAGAAUGUGUUACAUUGGAGAUGUCUUUGUGAAAAUCUAAAAUCAAAAGGUGAAGAAGGUGAAGAUUUACUAGAGGAGAUGUUGCCAGAACCAGCUGUAUAUGCAGAUUAUUUAUUAAGUUAUCUUGAAACUAUGCCAGUUCUUACUGAAGAACAAAAAGAAGACUUUAAUUGUUUUGAAAACCUGAUGACAAAAGAAUUUAUAGGCCAGCAACUGAUUCUUAUCAUUGGCUGCAUGGAUACCAUGGAAGAGGGAGGAAGAAAGCAUCUGUUAGUUAUUUUACAAAAGAUUCUCAUUCUACCUGCAACUUCAGCAGCACUUAUACCUCUGCUUGUUGAAAGAUUGCUCAGUAUCAUUAAGGAUGAUGACAAAAGGAUUCAAAUAAUUGCAGAAAUUAUAUCAGAAGUUCGUGAGCCAAUGGUUGCAGUUGAGCAGCCUGUUAGUGCUGAUGAAAUAAGAAGGAGGGAGCUUAAGUUGGCUGAAAUAAAAGUGAAGCUUUUUGAAGCAAAGCAAGCUUUGGAAGAAUGCAUUACUCUGCAGGAUUUUAAUAGAGCAUCAGUAUUAAAAGAGCAAAUAACUGAGUUGGAACACACAAAAAAUGAUCUGAUAAAAGCAGGAGAGCAAUGUGAAAUUCAAGAAAUGCAUGUGGAGAAGAGUGAUCCUGAAACACUAUUGAAGUGUCUGAUGAUGUGUUAUGAGCUUCUGAAGGUCAUGUCCCUUUCUAAAGGACUCAGUCCAACCAUAACUGAAAUCAUUCAAUCUCUGAUACUUCCUGGCGUAACUAAUGUUCAUCCAGCUGUGAGAAAUAUGGCAGUUCUGUGUUUGGGUUGCUGUACCCUUCAGAACAAAGAAUUUGCCCAAAACCAUCUUCCACUGCUGUUACAGGUUUUACAAAUAGAUAAUAUGAAGAUAAAGCUCAGUGCUUUAAAGGCAAUCUUUGAUCAACUAAUGCUGUUUGGAAUUGAGCCUUUUAAAAGCAGAAGAGACAAUGACUCUCAAAGUGAAAGUGCACACAUUAGAACUGAAAAUGGUGAGGAUGAAAGCAAAACAAUAGAGGAUGAAGAAGACGCUGCCACAGUUCACAGCCUUCUGAAGCUACUUUCUGGUUUCUUAGACAGUGAGUUUUCAGAGCUUAGGACAGAAGCUGCAGAAGGCAUUGCCAAACUGAUGUUCUCUGGGAGGCUGAUCAGUGCCAAGCUCCUUUCUCGCCUUGUUUUGUUGUGGUACAACCCCGUGACUGAAGAGGAUACUCGGCUUCGACACUGUCUAGGAGUGUUCUUCCCUUUAUUUGCAUAUGCAAACAGGUCUAACCAAGAAUGCUUUGAAGAAGCUUAUCUUCCAACUCUGCAAACACUGUUAAAUGCUCCUGCAACGUCACCUUUGUCUGAAGUAGAUAUCACUAAUGUUUCUGAGCUGUUAGUGGACCUGACAAGACCAAGUGGACUGAAACUUCAGUCUAAAAAGUCUCAGGACUACCAGGAGUUAACAGUGCAUGAUAGUUUAGCCAUGAAGAUUUGCAAUGAAAUCCUGACAGACCCAACUGCACCAGAUGUCCGUAUUUAUGCAAAAGCUUUAAGUUCACUAGAACUCAGUAAUUCUUCCACAGAGAAUCUUCUGGUGUUGCUCAAUGAGAUUCUAGAGAAAGUGGAAGAUAAACUGUGUCAAAAAACUAUUGAGAAGAUCAAGAUGAACUUGACCAAGGAUCCUAAUGUGGGCAAAAACCACUCUAGACAAACCGAGGAAACAGGUCUCUCUGGAAGGACACAGGACACUGACAUCCCACUGCCUGAAAACAGUGUUCACAAUGAAGAAGAAAAUAACACAGAUGCUCUUCAUACUCCAGUUAAUGAAGUUAAAGAAACGGCAAAAUUAAAAUCCACAAGGAACAAAACUGGCAAAGGACAGCGCAAAGCAGCAGCAGAAGGGAGGUCUGUGAGCAGAAGAAAAGCUGGCACAAGUGUAAAACGUGGUGCUGAAAGUUGUGAUGAAGUUCCAGAAUCGGUCCCAGUGUCAAGUUCAAGGCCUCCAAGACGAGCAAAAACAUUGGCACUUGAAAAAACCAGAAUGAAUCUUUCAAGACUUUUGAAUGAGGAAGUGGAGAAUUGAAGACAAAAGGAAAGAAAGUGCCCUUUGCCAAUGCUGGUAGUUAACAUCAGACUUGAAAAAUGAGAUUUUUUUUUUUUUUUCUUGUUAGUCAUAUUUAACUCCUUUGAUAAUUCUAGAUUUCUAGAUUAGUUUUUUUUAAGCAAUGCUUUUUAUUAUUUUCCCAAUAUGAAGUCCCUCUAGAUUUCUAGAUUAGUUUUUUUUAAACAAUGCUUUUUAUUAUUUUCCCAAUAUGAAGUCCCUUUAGAUUUCUAGAUUAGUUUUUUUUAAACAAUGCUUUUUAUUUUUUUUUUAUUAUUUUCCCAAUAAGUCCCUCAUUCAUGUAUUAAAAACAUAAUAAAGUAUUACCUGAACAAAACUUGGAGGUUUUUUUCUUUUACUUUAAAGAGAAUGCUGCUUCUUAUCUGCAGAUAAAAUUGCUGUUGGUGCUAAGUACUCAAUAGUUACUCAAUAGUUAAAGCUGUUUUGGUGUUUAACAUUAGCAGAGGGUUUGACCUGUAGUGGUUGCUUGUGAUGGCAGCAAUUUUGAAUGUACAUACCUUUGUGGCACCCACUUUCUUAAUUUUUAUAAGGUUUUAUAACAAUAAAACCUGGUCAGCAGAUGCACAUAUUUACUGUUCAUGUUAAUGUAAGAUAGAGUUGAUCUUAGUUGUGAAUUCUGCUUCCUGCAGAUAUGUGUCCACUUUAUUGAAAAAUGUGAAAGUGGUAAAACUGAGUAACUGAUUUUAUAAACUGAACUCUGGAAGUCUCCUACUGAUCUUCACCUUGUUAUAUAAAAUCAGUGAUGUACUUUUAGAAAAGCAUAAAAACAUUUGUUGUACAAAAUAAGAUCCAGUAAGGAAAGGAAUAGUUAAGUACAGAGAGGUGUAAAAAAUGAAAUACUCUUAAGGUCCAUGUUCUGUCUUUUUAAAGUAGCAUCCAAUUAUGGGUUCUUUGUAGCUUUGCAGUUCAAAAGCUUUUUCUAAUGACAUAUCUAGGAAUGGUCGUGAGUUUUACAGGACAACAGAAGAUUACACUGCACGUAGUAGUCGCUGGUGGCUGAGCAGAUUCACUCUGGAGAUGGAAACACUUGGUUGGUCAUGUCUGUCUGUGUUCCAUUACGGAUAAUUUCAGAGGCAGUGGGAGAAAUCUUAAUGUUGAUUGCUUGACAGGUGCAUCUCAACUACUGAUGCCAAAUGCAGCUUUCUGUGGAACUUGCAUUUGAAAUAGGUAAAUAUACUAUAAAAGAUCUUUGGUGAUUCUCAAAAAUUACUUAGGAACACAAGUGAAGAGUAGCAUUCCCAAAGUGUAAUGCCCAAACUAUUAUGUUAUUUCCAAGCUUGCUUAUAGGAAACAAACAGGAUUGUGUUGCUUUUCUUCCUUUGCAGAUUUUGUUGGAAACUUGUCAACCUGCAAAAUGCCACAACAUGCUUUUCUGCUGACAUUUGCUAUUCAGAAGCUUCUGUAACUGUGAUAAAUUAUUUAUAUUUGUAAUUUUAAACAGAAUUUUGAGGCCCUGAACUCCCUCUUUUGAUAAUUCUUUUCAAAUCCCCAAAUUGUGUUGUAGGGUGUUUGUGUACAUGCAGGCACUUGAGAUCAGAGAUGCUCUCUCCCCCCUUGAAUGCUGCCUGAACAUAAUUCAAAUGGGCAAAGUAUAUAGUUCAGUUUUUCUCAGUUGAUUGUCAAUCAGAGCUUCCCUGGGGCUUUCAAGUGUUGUUGGUUGGUUUUUUGGUUGCUUGUUUUGGGGUUUUUGUUUGGUUUGUUUUUUUUUUCAGUUACAAGUUCUCUCUCAUCCUCAUUCUCUUGAGUGGUUUGCUCUUCAGCCACUAAUACACUUUCAACAUCUGGUGCCUGCAUUAUCCAUAGGUGCUGUGGAUGUGGCUUCACUGGUGUGUGUUAAUAGGAAACAGAGUUUGCCUUUGGCAAACAGCAAACACCUGGGCUGGUGUGGGGCUGUAGUGCCUGCCCUAUGGGGAGAGGCUGAGGGAGCUGGGUUUGUUCACUCUGGGAGGAACCUCAGUUACUUGGCAAGGAGUCUGAUGAAGAGAUGGAAUUGGGCUCGUUGUUGCAUAUGGUGGGAGGAUAAAAAACAGUGGGUGUAGACUGAAACUCUGACCAGAAUAUAAGGUGAAAAAGGCAGUGAAACAGGUUGAGAACUGCUGGAACAGGUUGCCUGGAAAGGCCAUGUAGGCUCUGUCCUAGUUUAAGACAUGACUGAAUGAAGUCAUCACAACUGUCUGCCUUUUUAGCAGGAUCUUUGUGAUGUCCUUUUAUGCCUGAAUUACCCUGUGAUCCUUUCAGGUUGGAAACCUGACCAGCAACUGGCACUGAAUUUCCAGCCUCUCUGGGUGAUUCACCCGCCCAGCUCCCUGUAAAGGGAAGGGAUUUCUCUGCGAUGGAAAAUGUGGUGUGCUCUUGCAAAAUUACUUCACUUACUGAGGAGAGGGUAGCUGCAUAAUUGCAGGAUGGGAUGAUCAGAUGUUUGCUGUCUUCUUCAAAGCUCACGAUAACUGAUAAUCACAGUUUAAAUGCAUGCAGCUGACUUUCGGAGAAAGUCACAUGGUAGCAAAAGUACAUCCAAAGGUGACAAGGACCCAAGUCUGGAAGUAUCUUACUACUUGCAUUGAAAAAAAUCUUGACUUCAUAUGCAUUACUCCUUUUACUAAAAUAAUGUUAUUUACUUUAAUUCUAUGGGUUGAGUACCUAACUUCCUGGCUGCUUAAUUAAAGAGUAAAAUUUUAAUCCCUAAAAUAUUCUAAUUGGUUUAAAAACAGCCUCUUUGUUGCUCUGGACCAAUUACAGUGUGACUUCUCUCUUUUUGCUGGCUAAACACAACAGGGUGUGAAACAUGGCCACACUAGACCUAGACUUGAUUCCCUAUUAAUGAUAAAAUGGUAGUGGUCACUUGUCAAACUUAAAGCGAUCCUGUUUAUUCCCACACUGGUUUCUGUUUCUUAAAACCAGUUUUGUGAUUGUCUCUUCAGACUACACCCUAAAACACUUUCUCUUGAGAACAGGCCUUUGGCUGGUCACUCUCCCAAGCUGAAGGGUAAGGGCUGCACUGAGAACGUUUGUUUUUGUAGUGGUGUUGUUUUUUGUCUGACUUCCAGCAGCACCUGGGGAGCUUGGGUUGUGCCUGAACCAACUCCCCUCUGACCACUUUUGUGUCAUCAGCCAAUUAAAAGUCAAUGUGAUUCAAAUAAUAAUAAUUGCUGAUAGUUAACAAAACCGGGCUGCUGCUUGGAGCUGAGGGAGACAUGUCCAAAACAGAAAAGUUCUGGUAUUUACUGGGUCUUUGAAAUGAGAAAAUCCACAUGGCAUCUCCUCCUGUGGGUACAUGAAUAAGAUACCGGCUGCAUUGGCUCUGAUGUCCCUCCUCACUCCUUACUGUUCCUUGUGCUUUGGUGGGGCUGCACUGAGUCAGUGCCUCUCCCCUGGGAAGUUUAAUUCCCCUUUUGGCUUUCUUGCCACAUAGAAUCCACACACAUUAAAUAGCUGAGAUACAUAAAGACCCGCUAGACGGUGCAGUGUGAUGAUGAAUGUUUAUUCUUUUAAUCAUGUUCUGCACUGUGUGAUACUUCAGUGCCUCAAUAUCCUGUUAGGAUCUUUGGGAGACUUACCAGAAUUCGUAACAAUCUUUUUAUUUCAGUUACUGGAUUGUACUGCAAACCAAGAAACCUCUGUAAAGAGGAGCUGCAUCUUCACUUUCAGGUGAAUCCUUAAAACCUUUGUUUUAUAAAAUAUAGUGUCUUCCAAGGAAAUUUCCUUCUGGAAGAUUUGUUCUUGGCAAGCAAAGGACAGAGAACUUAUUACAAAGUUGAAUUAAGAAACCUCUACUCUAGCUAUUGAAUGUAUGACUCCAGAAAAGAGAAAUAUAUCAUAUGGUUUUAUUCUAACACUUUUGUUAUAGCUCUAUUAAUAAUAAAGUUUUGAUGAAUGAAGUACAUGAACCUUGCUAAAGAUCAUCUAAGCAUGGAAUGUCUACAAUGUAGUCAGCUACAACCAUUUACUACUUCUUUGAGUAGAGUUUAAAACUUUGAUUUUACAUUGCAUUUCCAAAGUACACAGAAAAAAUGAAAUAGGAAGAGCAUUUACAUCCAUUUUAAUUGGUGGCAGGCAUGAAUUCAUAAAAACGAAUGGGAAAGAAAGACCAUUUAGCAGAAACCUCAAAAAGUGCAGAUACAGAUUUGUUGAAUGACAAUCUCAUGAGAUUCUCCACCAGGCUUGGUCUUUUAGACAUCACGGUCAUUAAACACUGUCACACAGAAGUUCUCAAGGGAAGUGAAGAUGAAAGCCUACUGCAGAAACAAACUGGUGCUUCCAGACAUUUCAAUCCAUUGGUAACGGAGAUCUCCUCAGAUAAUUUACCUUUGUACUGCUUUGCUUCGAGGUAGUCGGUCUCCACUUGUUACAGAUUUGUUUGAAUUAAUACCAUAAAUCUUUACAUGGUGACCUAUGCCACAAAUUACAUAAUAUAUUAACUUUCGUGCACAAAAAUAAAAUUGGGAAAUAAUUAACUUUAAAGAACAUAGAAAAAUCACAAUACUAUUAAAGGGGAACAUCCGAUUCUGAUAUAAAUUUGUACUGCAAGAAUUUCAUGAUGGUCAGAUGUGAAACUUUGUAUUUAAAAAAAGAAAAAGUACAUCAAACUGAAUAAUGCUAGUAGUAUAUAAAGCCAAAUCACACAAGAUCAUUUCAAGAUCAAUGUAAUAAACGCUUAUUAUUUUGCAGAAAAAAAAUCAGAAACAAUGUACAAAAUAAUAGUGCAAGAACAGCUGCAAUCUAUUUGUUCUCAUCAGUUUUGAGAUUUUGGUUAAAAACUUUACAGCUGGCGAGAGAUGCUGCUGAAAAACUCAGAUUCCACUCAGUGGGCUGAUUAAGGCACAUCUUUAUGGACUUCAAAUGUUCAUUUUCUGUGUUCAUGUCUAUUGAAUUCUGCGGCUCCGAGACUUUCACUUGUAGUGUGCUGUGAGAAAAGAAGUGGGGGUGGGAGAGGGGGGAAAAAAAUGACAAAAAGUUUAGUACACUUUCCUCUUCCCCUGCAAACAAGCUGAUAAGAGGCAAGAUGAGGUGGUGGCAGAUUGUGCAUUCUGGUGGAGGUUUUUUUGUUGUUUUACUGCACUAUGUUCCAGAAACACUGAGAUUAGAACCUGACUGUGCUGUGCUCUGUGUUGUAAAGUAGACUGGGCUUGUUUGUGUUGGGAUCUCAGAGCCCCUCCCACGUCAGUCUUCUGCUCACACUGUUCCUUUGCAGAAGUGCAAUAACAGGGUUUUGUUGCUUAAAUUAUCUCCAGCUGGCACUGUAAAGGCAUAGAGCAGGACCUGGGCAAAAGUUUGGGGCUUGUUUUUUCGCUGACAAUGUUCAUUUGGUACAGCCAUGAAAGGUCUAACACAUAGACAGUAUUUUGUUUCAAAUUUAGGAAAAUAAGUAAUACAAGAAGGGAAAGAAACGCCGCCCUUUGUAGGGGUCACUAAACAGACUAGGAGAGACAUGUGGAUCAAAUCAUUGAAUAGUUUGGGUUGAAAGGGACCUUUAAAGGCCAUCCAGUGCAACCUCCCCCUGCAAUGAGCAGGGACAUCUUCAACUAGAUAAGGAUGCUCAGACCCCCGUCCAGCCUGACCUUGAAUGUUUCUGGGCAGCCUGUUCCAGUGUUUCACCAUCUUCAUCAUAAAGAAUGUCUUUCUUCACAUAUAAAGCACAAUCAGAAGACAAUUUCAAUCCUAAUUUCAAACCCCUCCAUCCCUACAUUUUUUUUAAUUGUCUACCUCCUGCAGUGAUUUACCUGCUGCGUGCAAUUCAUCGUUUUUCACCAUCCUUUUCAAAGAUUUCAAGAAUGAUACAAAAUUGAAAAUAUUUCUAAUUACUGAGAUACUAAAAAAUAAUGUCCUAAGUACUGUAAUUAGGGGUAGGAGGUAAGCACCAUGCUAAAAACUGUCCAAACACAGUUUCCUAUCAAAGGAAUAUUUAAACAGAAAAAAUAUCUCUUAAUGGCUUUUACUUGCUGCAUUUAAGGAAACAGGACUCGAGUGCAAAUUCUGAAGGACUGAAUCUGCUGUAGUGUAGCGCUCACAUGAGUGUGCAGGGUAGCUGAGGACAGACAGUCAGUAUAGGGCUAUAACCUAAAACAUAUUGGCUUGCAUUGCUAAAUACCAUGGACUGACUGAUUAAAUCUUUUCCUCUGUCCUGGCAAGAGGGAAAGACAGCUUAUGUAACAGCUAAAGUGACAAUUCAAUGAUAUUUUUCACAGAUCAUCUGAAACAUGGUUUUAAUUCUUUUACAUUUUGAUGUAUGCUCUCCAGAAGGCUUGUGUCCUUGCCUUUCUGACAUGGCAGUGGAAGAGGCAUUUCUCAUUUCCUAACCCUAGUUCCCAACACUCUGUAACUGGUGUAUGGCUCCCAUUCCCUGCAUUUCCUUGUGUUGUUCUUCAGCCUCUAUCUUUUGUCUCAUUUUUGCCUUGUACUCUUUUCCUCUGGUUGCUCUGAUCUUUUCCUUCCUGUAGGAAAUGGAAUGCAAGCGUAAGUGAUGGAGACGACUUCAGCCAGCAAGGUUGCUUUCUUGAA